AUGCAAGACAAAGGCGGUGCAGACGACCCCUCGUCUCGGUCGCCCUUGGAGUGGGAUACCGAUGACGACUCCAGCACAACCGAAGAGUCAAAGCCGUCCGUCCCAAUUUGGGAGCGCGUCUGGCAAUGGUUAGAUCUCGACCUGGAAACAGUGAAAAUGAUGGCAAAGGGUGCCCUCCCACCGGCAAUUGCCGCUGCAAUGAAUCAAUCAAGCUCGGUCGCACAUUUCUAUACAAGUCUCGGAUAUCUGGUCUCCAUCAUGUCCUUUUUCUCAUUUGCAACUCAGCCGCGAGCACGAUUUGUCCAAACCAUGCUUUUGAAUGUUUUCGGGGUCUGCCUCUCUGCAGCUGUCAUGCUAUUGUCUAUGUACUGUGCAGUUAAAUCCAGGGAGCAUUCAAGGAGCGCAGCACAGCCUGGCCCUUCGAAUACCAAGCGCACUAUCAAUUACAGCGGCUCAGCCAGCGCCAUAAUCGCCCUCUGGCUCUGUCUCUCCAUCUACCUCAUCAAUGUGGGACGGGCGCUGCGUCCACAAUACUCAGUUACAGGCACCAUUUUGAGCUUUUUUGUUAUUGUCGCUUCUGUUAACGCCACGCAAAUAGUACAAAUGUCACAGGCCGAGCUUUUGAUCAAACACCUGAUUGGGGCAUUUCUUAUGGGAUUUGCUGUCGCUGUCGGUGUUUCGUUCUUCAUUUUCCCCCGAAGUCAUCGGAAGCUAUGCUUCAAGCUGACGGAUGACUUUGUCAGCAAGCUCAAAGAUUCGCUGAAAGCUCAGGGUGCGUAUAUGCGACGAAUGCGGCGCAAAAACUUGGUUUUCACGUGCGUGCAAGAGACAAAUGUUUCCACGGCGAGGAUGACUCCCAAAGAAAUCAGAGCCACAAACUCGCCCGAAGCACAGCGGUUGAAGCACAGCACCGCAAGUCUCGGUGCUACCUUCGGACGCAUGCACACUGAACUGGAGUAUGCUAAGACCGAAUUUGCGGUCGGCCACCUCGAUGUAUACGACAUCAAAAAGAUUCGCGAAUUGCUCCAGUCUAUUCUGCUACCCAUGAACGGAAUGUCCACCUUGGUUGACAUCUUGAAAGAAGUGGCCAUCCGAGCAGUUGGUGCAGAAGACGACGAUGACCCCGAGGGAUUGGCUUUCGACGAUCUGCAAGCAGAGCGCGUUGCAUGGGCGCAUGUGAUGGAUUCGCUCGUCAGUUCUUUCGACUCUCUAGCAGAGACUUUGGAAACCGCAUUGGAUCACAUAUACAUUCAAUUGCGAUUUGGCCGGAGGAGAAAGCGGGCCGAGGACGCAGAGAAUGGAAUGUCACGACCAGAGGAUGGGGAUUUCGUGGCUGUCUUGAGUCGGAAGAUUGAGGAAUUUGACUCCUCCCGUUCCAGUACUCUACGAGGCUGGAGUGAAGCAGCGCGGGUUGAUCUGCCGGUUUCUUUCAUGACGGAUCUUUCAAGUGCUCCACCACCAACGAUGACCGGCCCUUUUACAGGGUUAAGACAUCACCGAAAGAAUCAACAGCGGAUGUAUCUUGUCUUGUACAUCGAGUUUCUGACCUGGUCCAUUGCAAAAGGCGUUCUGGACCUGGUGGUGUUUGCGGACGUCAAAUCACACGAAGCCAACAAAAGAGGGUCAAGGUUGAUUCUUCCCGGAAAGCGGCGGAUGAAGAAAUGGAUUCGAAGUAUGUGGACUUCAACAGACUCCAUUGCAGAUCCGACGAUUACGGGCCGUGAGGGCACACGAACCAUUGUCCAUCUGGGAGAAGCCUACAGAAAGCGAAAAGACCCUGAACAUUUGCCAGCUGCCAGCUACCUAGAAAUCAUUGGCGAUCGAAUACGCGGCACGUCGCAUUUCUUCGCCUCUGCGGAAUCUGCCUUUGGAUUCAGAGCUGUCUGCGCCAUGAUGACUGUGGCAAUCAUCGGCUUUCUCCACGAUACUCAGGCUUGGUUUCUUCAGCAACGUGGCCUAUGGGCUCUCAUCCUCGUUGCCAUUUCACUCGCUCCGACGACAGGCGCUUCAGUGAUCGGAUUCCUGGGCCGAGUCGUCGGAACAAUAGCAGCUUGUUGCAGCUCGAUAACUCUGUGGUAUAUCGCGGACGGCAAGGCCGGCGGCGUCAUCCCCGUGCUUUUCAUUGUCGAAUUCCUCGGAUUCUACACCAUCUUCAAGUAUCCACAAUUUUCUGUCGGCGCCAUCCUCUUCAAUGUCACUAAUCUGCUGAUUGUGGGAUAUGAACUGGAAGUCAACAAGCUUGGGAAGGAGACGGUGACCUCCAAUGGGCAGCCGUAUUAUCCAAUCUAUCUUCUGGCGCCCUACAGACUCGCCACUGUCCUGACCGGAACGUUUGUCGCGUUCAUCUGGUCAUAUUUUCCGUUCCCGGUGACGACGCACGGUAAACUUCGACGAGAUCUCGGAGCGGGCCUGUACCUUCUGGCCACGUACUAUGCAACCGUACACAGCACGGUGGAGAUGCGCCUCCGAGAUGACGUUCUGGAUCCCCGGAUCAAGAAAAGCCCGGCUUACCGGGUCGAAAAGGCACGAAACAAGAUGUUUGCAAAGACGGGAAUUCAAAUCUCCAAACUCCAGGUCCUCGCUCGUGAAUGGGAGCCCACCAUCGGCGGCCGGUUCCCGAAAGAAACGUACCACGACAUCAUCGCCUCCAUGCAGACCAUUUUCAAUUACAUGACUCUCAUCUCGUAUUCGACACGCACCUUUUCUCCCGCCUCCCCUCUCUUCUCCGCGUCGGCACGCCCAUCGACUCACUGCCUUGCUCCUAUCAUCACGGGUGAAUCUCAAGCAGAUCCCGGCAUCGAGAAACCAUGGAUCAACAACUUUCGCCUCUUCAUGCGCAGCCUCCACAUCACCACACACGACAUCACAUCCGUGCUCAGUCUGCUCUCGGCCAGCGUCACCAACGCACAACCUCUCCCACCCUUUCUCCGAGUGCCGCAACCGUACCGACUCGGUCCAGACCUCCACAUCAUUGACCCCGACGUUCUACGCAUUGAACAUGUUUCGGAGCCGUGCUAUGCGGCCUUUGCCGUCUGUCAGGUCGCCAGCAGUCUGGUCAGCGAGGAACUGGAGCGAUUGAUAGGCAUGGUCAAGAGUCUUGUGGGCGAGGUCGACUUCAGCUUCCAGAUUGAAUCAAAGCCUGACAGAGUGACGACUUGGAGGAGCAGGACGAACACUUUUGAAUCGAAGAACAUGAAAGAAAGUGGGAAGGAGAAGAAAAACAAGGCGUCGAAGGCGAAUGGGAAGGGUAAAGCGGAAUGA